CGGUGCAUCCACUCUAUUCGGAUAGGAGUCUACAGUAAACUACGAAGUAUUCGACUAGGAAUCUAAUAAAGUUGAUGCACCGCGAAUUCAUAUUAUACUACGAUUGAUUCUCUUAACAGAUAGUCGAUGAUUAAAACAGCUGCAGGUCACUCCUUCAAAAUAAUCAGCAUUUAAAACGAAACCCGCGAGUUUUGCGGCAUCCGGCUGACGGCUGUAGAAAACACUUUGUUCGUGCCAAUUUGAAAUGAUAUAGUUGAGUUAUGAACGACGAAAAAAUGAAUUCACAUAACAUUGAAGCAGAAUAUAUGGACAUUGCGAAUAGAAACGCUUGGCCGAUCAUCUACCAGAAAAUUGGAAGAGAAUGUCAAUCCUACCCGUAUACAUGCCUUGAAGCAAAAAAACCUCAAAACAAGCCAUUAAAUCGUUACCGGGAUGUAAACCCAUAUGACCAUAGCCGAGUUGUCUUGACUCGUUCUGAACGUGACUAUAUCAAUGCAAAUUUAGUAAAGAUGGAACGUGCAAACCGGAAGUAUAUACUGACUCAAGGGCCGCUCGCUUUCACCGUCGGUCACUUUUGGCUGAUGGUCUGGGAACAGAACAGUCGCGCAAUCCUCAUGCUGAAUAAGAUCAUCGAGAAGAACGAGAUUAAAUGUCACUGGUACUGGCCCCAUGGUGUCGGCGAGGACGAAAAGUUUGUCCUUUCCGAUGUCAAACUAACCGUCGAACAAAUAAGCGAGGAGGAUUGCAACUAUUACACUACCCGUGUUUUUAGAAUCUUCGACAUGGAGAGCUCUGAAAGUCGUGAGGUCAUACAGUUCCACUACACGACGUGGCCCGACUUCGGCGUCCCUUCUUCCCCUGUGGCUUUCCUGGAGUUCUUAAAGAAGGUCCGCUCGUCCGGCGCCCUGGACCCUGAAGUUGGCCCACCCGUCGUACACUGCAGUGCUGGUAUUGGACGAUCAGGAACGUUCUGCUUGGUCGACUCCUGUCUUGUUAUUAUCGAAAAGGAAGGCAUGGAAAGUGUGAACAUACAGCAGAUCCUUUUAGAAAUGCGCAAGGAUCGCAUGGGCUUGAUACAGACGCCGGAUCAGUUACGUUUUUCAUAUCAGGCCAUCAUCGAAGGCUUCAAACGAUUCAAUCCUAAUUUCAAGGAGGAUCCAAAAAUGGAAGAGAGUAUAUAUUCAACAGUCGCCGAGGAGAACGAGGAGGAAGCGCCACCACCACCGCCACCGAGGGCCGAGAGCCUCACCAGGGCUCCGGCCAGGCCCUUGCCCGCUAUACCCACCAGUGCCUCACUUGGCAACUUGAACUAUACACGUUCGCCAGAGGGCUCUAGCUCGGACGACGAGCCGCCGACGCCUCCAGCGCGCGAGUGCUCCUCCCCGGCCUCUUCUGCCGACGACGAGGACGACGAGCCGAUAUCUGUUACUGAAAGCGGCGAGAACGGCGAGACGCUGCGACGGCGCCGCACCCGCGAGCUCGCCGAGCGCGUCUCCGUGAUGAAGAAACGUGCGCGCGACGCCGAGAGAUGGCACGCCCUCAAGAGGUCUCUAUACAAGCCACUCACCAUCACAUUCGGAUUCAUUCUAGCCGGCAUCGUUAUCUACACAUACGUCAAACAUUAAUACUAACACUGUUUACUCAUAUACCUGAAUUUUUGUACACGCAAUGUAUACGUAGCUUUAGACCGACCCUCGCUACCGAAGCGCCGUCGCCGUGUAGACAUCGCGGAUUGUGACAACUUGGUUCGUUAUCAUUAUACAAUGCAAUCGAUUUAUAUAUCUUCGAUCGUAAUCACUCGAUGUGCAUUUAAGGAAUAUUUUAUAUAGAAAAUCUGCCAUGAAAUUAUUCAUCGAAGUUUUUGUUAUUAUCAAUACGUCUACUUUAUUAUCUGUUUUUGUUAAUAGAUCGUUCUAAGUAUACAAUACGUAUAUGCGUUUUAUGGAGUGUUCAGACUUGACUAUUAAUUCUAUUAGCACGGCACCUGUUAAUGCUAGAGAGCUACUUGACGUAUUUUUUUAUAAAAUCAUGGUAGUGCAUGAAAUGAUAAUUCUAAUCUAAUCUUAAAUAGACGUAGACAUUUUUAUAAGAUUUUUUAACAAAAAAUGUAAUACUUUAACACAUUCAAUGAACUUUCAUAAUAUUAUUACAAACUUCAGCUGACUUUAUCAGCGUGUCUUAGAGUAAUUGAACCUUCACAUUAACUUCAACCACAAACAACUUGCACUAAACUGGCCCACCUUUUAAGAAGUCAAUUACGGAUCUUAUGCCAUAGGCUUAGAAUAAAAAGUUCACGGCGAUAUGCGAUGCAUACGUUCCUGUUGCAUUUAAAAAUUACCUUACGAAGGAAUUUUAGAUACUCUUUAUCAUUUAGAAAUUUCGAUCUGCUAAUAAAAAAAAGUAAUAAAAAAGACAUUCGAAUAAUCGUUCUCUAUAAUGUACACUUAGGUUUCUACAAUGAAUUUCUUAAUGCAUAAUUCUAUUACGACAUGAACUGCGACUGCCAAUACAUUCAAUGAUAUCAACACAUUCUAAACAUAUAUUGCUAAGUGACUAUUAUAACGUUAAAUUAUUUUAUAAAAUCCAUUUUGGACAAUUUUGUCCAUUGUUUAAUAGACAAAUAAAUUUUAUUUUUUAUGAUUUUAUUUAAAGUUUUUUAUUUCGUCCAUUCGACAAGUUGACGUUUCGAUUUAAAUGACCUGCACAAUCGAAUGUUUUAUGUAAACUCCGAGCAUGUUAGACGAUUUGUAUCAUAUUGUAUGGUAUUCAAUUCAAAAGAUGAGCUUGACUCAUGUAUCCAACCAGUGCCUAGAUUAUUUUUUUAGUGUGAUACGCAUUUUGGAAGUCACAAUUCGAAGAAUAUGAUAACCUAUUUAUAGCUAAUUAAUAUAGAUUAAUCACAUAGAUCAACAUUCAAUAGAUCAAUUUGAAAAACGUUCGACGAUAUCGAUAUUUUUUAUAGAAUACAUCGACGUCAAAGCCUUAUAUAGCCGUAUGUAAUAUUUUUAUUUAAAAGAACUGUCUUUAGUGGAAUAAUUUAAUAAUUUUUUUACUUGCUAUAUUUUAUUUUAAUGAAUUUGAAAUGCUGCAAAAUGAGCAAUACAUAUUAUGUAAAAUUUAUGAUUGUAUUUAGUACAAACAAUUUAACUUUGCCGGUCUGAAAUUGUAAGUAUAGUAAGUGACGUAAUUGUAGCGCAGUAAAGUGAAGCGUUCGAACGAAGCGGAUACAAACACCCCCGUUAUGUAUGAUGUAGACUUUGGUAUCGCUCAAUCUGUAUCAAAUGAAUUAUUGUUAAAUAUGUAUUUUGUUUGUUGUUAUGUUACAUUGCCGUUUGUUGUUUUUUGUAACUUUGUUAUUUGUUGAAUUUUUGUCACUGCAUUUAAUUUAAUCAUGCACAAAAAAAUAAUAAAUUUUAGUUCAAAAUGUAGAUGAUAGUUUUACAUAAAAUGCAAGUUUAAAUUUAACGGAACUAGAUAAGUUUUUAUUUCACAAUCGAUCGAUGCAACAAAGUUAAAGUGUUUGUACUGAACUAUUUUGUUAUGUAUAAUAAUGGUAUUUUAAAUGUAUAAUAUGUUGACAAAAUCACAAUUCUUCACACCAGAUUAUUAACGUGAUAAUCAUUCUAAAUGUUUCAUUAAUUAUGAAUUAUGUGUUAUAAAUAUAUUUAUUAAAGUGUAAUCUGUAACUUAGUAGUAAUUAGUAAAAGUUAACAUAACAAAAUCAUUAUAAUUGUAUUAUCCGUAGAGUAACAUUAGCGUGUAUGAUGAUCUGCCACAAACUAAGUGAUAUAGACAAGUUCUCAUAUUUACAAGAUGUAGAAUUAGGAAUAUGUUAUUUAAAUUGGUGGGGUUGUAAAAUUUGAACAGCGGUUUAUUAA